GAAGAUGUCGAAGUUUUGGUUACAUUAAGAGCCCAAAAGGCAAAAGGUCCGGUAAUUAUAGCCCGUAUAAAAUUGCAAACUAGGGUUUUCUUUCAUGGAAACUGCAUCGUCUUAAGUACAAGCAGCAAAUAGCAAUCUCUAAACCCUCAAACUCAGAACUCUCCUUCAUCAACCAUGGCCGUCGGAAAGAACAAGAGAAUUUCCAAGGGUAAGAAGGGAGGCAAGAAGAAAGCUGCUGAUCCGUUUGCCAAGAAGGAUUGGUAUGACAUUAAGGCACCCUCAAUCUUCAAUGUUCGUCAAGUCGGGAAAACCCUAGUUACUCGUACCCAGGGUACCAAGAUUGCUUCUGAGGGUCUGAAGCACAGAGUUUUUGAGGUUUCAUUGGCUGAUCUUCAAAAUGAUGAGGAUCAGUUCUUCAGGAAGAUCCGUUUAAGGGCUGAGGAUGUUCAGGGACGCAAUGUGCUCACAAACUUCUGGGGUAUGGACUUCACUACCGACAAAUUGAGGUCCCUUGUUCGUAAGUGGCAAUCUUUGAUCGAAGCUCAUGUUGAUGUCAAAACUACUGAUAAUUUCACUAUCCGUAUGUUUUGCAUUGCCUUUACCAAGAGGCGUCCAAACCAAGUUAAGAGGACCACCUAUGCUCAAUCCAGCCAAGUCCGCCAGAUUCGCCGCAAGAUGCGUGAGAUUAUGGUGAAUCAAGCCAGCUCUUGUGACCUCAAGGAUCUUGUUGCUAAGUUUAUCCCAGAAUCCAUCGGUAAGGAAAUUGAGAAGGCCACUACCGGAAUCUAUCCUCUUCAAAACGUGUACAUCAGGAAGGUCAAAAUUCUUAAGGCACCCAAGUUUGAUUUGGGGAAAUUGAUGGAGGUUCACGGUGACUACUCGGAGGAUGUAGGUGUGAAGUUAGACAGGCCAGCUGAUGAAACAAUGGCCGAGGGUGAGACUGCUGAAGUAGUUGGUGCCUAAACGUAAUUUUCUUUAUUUGUUAAUGUCUAGUUAUAUAGAAUUCUGUUUGUUUCGCAAACUACUUCUCUAAUGAGAUUCAUUAGUUGAAGUUUUGCUAUGGUUAAUUUUUUUUUGUUUUUUGAUCGAAAGAGUUGUAAGGUGAUUUUGUUGGAGAUAUUACAAUAUCGAUCGACUCCUAAGCUUGGUUUUGCCAUUUCCAAAAUUUUGCAUCUUAUGUGCCAUUUCCGUCUAUAAGAGAAGUGAGUAGAUAAAUUAAUGCUCCAUAAGAUCGGUAGCAAAUUCGGAAUUGCAAAUUUGCGUAGAUUCAUCAGCCGUGUGUUUGGUUAUGUUGCAAAGAUUCAUGGGCUUUAUGAGAUGUUUGUUUUGUGUAGAUUUGUCAGCCAUGUUAUUUGCUUAUGUUGCAAAUCAUAUACAUGGAAUUUUUGUGUUAUAUAUCAAGGUUAGUUUUGAAGUGGUUGUAACUUGUA